AUGGAGCGGGCGCUGGGGCUGCCCGCAGAAGAGGACUUGUUCCACAAGAGCCUCGCCGCCUCGGCCAAGCGCAUGGAGUCCGCCUUCCGCUCGCCCCCGGGGCUCGACCUCUCGCACCCCCGCGACCGCCAGCCCUCGCCGCUCGCCUGCUACGAGGCGGCCGAGCCCGAGGCGCUGCUGCAGCCCGGCGUCGGCGGCGACCCGCUGGCGCUGCCGCCCGGCUCCGUGUGCGUCAAGUACGGCGAGAGCGCCAGCCGCAGCUCGGUGGCCGAGAGCAGCGGCGGCGAGCAGAGCCCCGACGACGACAGCGACGGGCGCUGCGAGCUGGUGCUGCGCGGCGCCGGGGGGGACCCGCGCGCCGCCUCGCCGGCGGCGGGCGGCGGCGGCGGCGGCGGCGGCGGGGGGGGCGGGGGGCUGAAGGCGGCCGAGGGCGGCUGCUCCAACAGCCACGGGCACGGCGGCAGCAAGAAGUCCAAGGAGCAGAAGGCGCUGCGCCUCAACAUCAACGCGCGGGAGCGGCGGCGGAUGCACGACCUCAACGACGCGCUGGACGAGCUGCGGGCAGUCAUCCCCUACGCGCACAGCCCCUCGGUGCGGAAGCUCUCCAAGAUCGCCACGCUGCUCCUGGCCAAGAACUACAUCCUCAUGCAGGCGCAGGCCCUGGAGGAGAUGCGGCGCCUCGUGGCUUAUCUCAACCAGGGCCAGGCCAUCUCGGCCGCCUCGCUGCCCAGCUCGGCGGCGGCGGCGGCGGCGGCGGCGGCGGCCCUGCACCCCGCCCUCGGGGCCUACGAGCAGGCGGCCGGCUACCCCUUCAGCGCCGGGCUGCCCCCCGCCACCUCUUGCCCGGAGAAAUGUGCCAUUUUCAACAGCGUCUCCUCCAGCCUCUGCAAACAGUGCACGGAGAAGCCUUAA